GUAUUUCAAUUUGUUUGUUUAGUCACUACUAGAUAGAAGCCUGUCGAUUCGAUCCUGACUUUAAGUAACUGUCUCUCAUGGAUGAUAGUUGUUCUCUGCGUGUUUGAUGAAAUGGAAGACGGUGAAGAGAAUACCCAAGUUCUGAAGGACUGGGAACAGGUCCAGCACUUACCUCUCCAUUCUUCUUCUUCUUCUUUGAACCAAGCCCGGAUUGUCUCCGAAGCCGGAGCGGAAGCGCAGACCCAUUCCAUGGGAUGGGAAAUGGUGGUGCUUAGACAGACUCUAUACGGCGAUGAUUGCACCGUCUUUCCUCCAAGAAAACACGAAGGUUUAUUACCCGACGAUCAGCGCCAAGAAGAAGAAGAAUUGGAAUCAGAACCGCCAUCGCCACCGUCUGGUGCUGAUGUAGAGGACCUUACACAUCCGCGCCAGCCGUCCGAUUCCCGACUCCGAGUUGUGGAACACAUUGUGAAGUGCUUGAAUUUGGGGUUUGAGCUCUUCUAUUACAAAGUUUUCAGCAUCGUUUCUUCGGUCCGCACUUCUUGUAGUGCCGGUAGUCGGGCAAUUUGGUCAUUUGCUUCGUCGACUGGAGCCGCUGCGACCCUGAUGCUGUCGUUGUUUUUCUUACGGGUGCACCAGCGGCGUCGAAGGUUACGGCAGGAGAGGAAGGAUCAUAUCAUUCUUCUCCUAAAACAGCAGGAUGAGAAGCUGAGCCAGCUCUUGUAUCAAAUUGCCCAGAUAAAUGAAGCAUUAUCAGCCCGUCGCAGGGUUCCAGUGCAUAGAAUUGGUUGAUGGAUCCUACAGAGUACUCCAGUUGGAGGACAUUUUAAUUGCUUACUCUCUGCUGGAGUCUGGAGCUUUACUUUCAACAAUAGCUUAUUUAUUGACAGUAAAAAUUAAAAAAAAAAGUUGUAUAAAGUUACUAUGAUAUAGGGUUCAGAAGAAAUUUGUGACUGUUUUUCUUAUUCCUCUAGUAUAAAGUUAUUAUGCUUUCAACGAUCA